AAUGUAUUGUUUUCAUGGCGUCGUCGGAGAAUUGGAUUUGUCAUCGUCGGACCAAUUAGGAAAGAGGAGAAGUGAUUUGCAGCGAGCGACGGCGAGAAGCUGAGCUCCCGGCGUUGCGUUAGAUCUACAGAAAUGGCAAAGAUCGUGAUUAUAUUUGACUUCGAUCGGACUUUGAUCGACGGAGAUAGUGAUAACUGGGUUGUCACCGAAAUGGGACUCACUGAGAUCUUCCAUCAGCUCCGUUUCACUUUACCUUGGAAUCGUCUUAUGGAUAGGAUGAUGAUGGAGCUACAUUCACAAGGUAGAUCGAUUGAAGAUAUUGAAGCUUGUUUGAAGAAAAUGCCAAUUGAUUCUCAGAUUAUUGAAGCUAUCAAAUCAGCCAAAUCUUUAGGAUGUGAUUUAAAGAUUGUGAGUGAUGCAAAUCAUUUUUUCAUUGAGAAGAUAUUGGAGCAGCAUGAUUUGUUGGAUUGCUUUUCUGAGAUUUACACAAAUCAAAGUUCUGUUGAUGAAAUUGGAAAGUUGAGGAUCUUGCCAUACCAUAGUGAUGCAUUGCCUCCACAUAGCUGUAAUUUCUGCCCUUCUAAUUUAUGCAAGGGUCUAGUGAUGGAUCAUAUACGUGCUUCUUGUCCCAGUGAUCAAAUUUUUAUCUACCUUGGAGAUGGAGGAGGUGACUUUUGUCCGACAUUGAAGCUGAGAGAAUGCGAUUUUGUGAUGCCGAGAACGAAUUAUCCGCUAUGGAAGAAGAUUUCAGACAAUUCCUUACUGAUCAAAGCAGAGGUCAAAGAAUGGAGCAAUGCAGAGGAACAACAGAGAAUUCUUAUGCAACUUGUCAGCACAAUAACACAAGAAGAAGAUUCAUAAAACUAGUCUUUGUGAGUCAAAAAGUGUUUAUAAUUGAUGCAAGUGUGAUGAAAACACAUGUAUAUGUUCCUCUUCACUUGAUUGAUGUAGGAAUUGUUUAGUCUCAUGGUGAUGAAUAUUAAUCACUGCCAUCUCUUAAACUCAAGCUACCAGGAAAAUAAUGGAUUGUAUUUAAGCUUA